AUGCAAGCGCCUUCUAUCCCGAAUCUACUUUCACUACGAGGCUCAAGUCGUGGACUACGAGGUCGAAACCGAGGCCGGGGCGGCCAUCAGGGUGCAGGAGCUUCCGGCCAGGCCCAGCAGGAUGCCACCAUCCAGGGGACCGACACCGACGCAGCUGUGAUGCGCCUGAGCGCUGUGGAACUGGGAUACUUGGAUGACCAAUUCGCGCAAUUUUUUGUCCAGGGCCAGCAACCAAGCCGGAGACUACCCAUUAUCAACAGAGGCACAUACACCAGAACGACUGCCUUGGACCGACUCAUCAACGCCUUUCUCGGGCCUGACUUUGGCGCAAACGAGCCGCUGCAGUUUCGACAGAUCGUCUCUUUGGGCGCCGGCACGGACACGCGCUGCUUUCGCCUGUUCUCCUCGCAAAGACGUCGGCGCGGACUGAUCUACCAUGAAGUCGACUUUCCUUCCAUCAGCUCACGCAAGCGGAUGAUAGUCCAGGCGACUCCGGCGCUGAGGAGUGUCUUGCCAGGACCGGUGCCAACUGACGACGGGGCAGCGUCUGCAUCUUGGCGAAGUACCCCUGAGGGUGAAGGAAACCAGUACUGGUGUCAUGGAUUGGAUCUGCGAGACCUCGCCGGGGAUGACGGCGAGGACGAUCCUCUUCUCAGCAAGCUCAAAGGCUUGCGGACCGAUGUGCCAACGUUGCUGAUAUCAGAGUGCUGUCUCUGCUACCUUGAAACAGCCGAAGCCAGGAGUGUGAUCAAGCGCUUCACCCAUAGGAUCCCUGACCUAGGCCUGGUCAUCUACGAGCCUGUGAAGCCAGACGAUGCGUUCGGCCGGCAGAUGGCUUCGAACCUGGCGGCGAGGAGGAUAAGGAUGCCUACCUUGGAGGUGUAUAAACAGCCUCGGGAUCAGGAGCAGCGACUCAGAGAUGCGGGUUUCAAGGAAGUCAGGCAAAAGACUGUGGAUAGCAUCUGGGGCCAGUGGGUAUCAGAGGAAGAGAAGGAGAGAGUGGACGGGCUGGAGGGUCUGGAUGAGGUGGAGGAGUGGCAGUUGUUGGCUGGCCACUACAUCGUCGCCUGGGGGUGGAAAGGUCCGCAUUUCGAUGGAGGGAAUGUGAUGGAAGCCCUGAGAUGA